AUUUAUCUUCACUCUGAUGAGAGCUCAGACGUGAUAAGGCCGUGGCUCCCCAUCCUGGUAGGAGCUGGUGUGAUAGCUUCCUGCCUUCUUCUUCAUCAACAGAGCCAUAGGACUUCCCAUCCAGAAUCUUUAGGUAAAUGAGAUCAUGAUUCUGGAAGGAAGUGGUGUAAUGAAUCUCAACCCAGCCAACAACCUCCUUCACCAGCAGCCAGCCUGGACGGACAGCUACCCCACAUGCAAUGUUUCCAGUGGUUUUUUUGGAGGCCAGUGGCAUGAAAUCCACCCUCAGUACUGGACCAAAUACCAGGUGUGGGAAUGGCUGCAGCACCUCCUGGACACCAACCAGCUGGACGCUAGCUGCAUCCCUUUCCAGGAGUUCGACAUCAGUGGAGAACACCUGUGCAGCAUGAGUCUGCAGGAGUUCACAAGGGCAGCAGGCUCAGCUGGGCAGCUGCUCUACAGCAACCUACAGCAUCUCAAGUGGAACGGCCAAUGCAGCAGUGACCUUUUCCAGUCCGCACACAAUGUCAUUGUCAAGACUGAACAAACCGAUCCUUCCAUCAUGAACACAUGGAAAGAAGGAAACUAUCUCUAUGAUCCCAGCUAUGGUAGCACAGUAGAUCUGUUGGACAGUAAGACUUUCUGCCGGGCUCAGAUCUCCAUGACAACCUCCAGUCACCUUCCAGUUGCAGAGUCACCUGAUAUGAAAAAGGAGCAAGACCACCCUGUAAAGUCCCACACCAAAAAGCACAACCCAAGAGGCACUCACUUAUGGGAGUUCAUCCGAGACAUUCUCCUGAGCCCAGACAAGAACCCAGGGCUGAUCAAAUGGGAGGACCGUUCGGAAGGCAUCUUCAGGUUCCUGAAGUCAGAAGCUGUGGCUCAGCUGUGGGGGAAAAAGAAAAAUAACAGUAGCAUGACAUAUGAGAAGCUCAGCCGGGCUAUGAGAUAUUACUACAAACGAGAAAUCCUGGAACGUGUGGAUGGACGACGGCUGGUCUAUAAGUUUGGGAAGAAUGCUCGUGGAUGGAGAGAAAAUGAGAACUGAGGCUGCCAGCCCUUGGGACACAAACCAAAACACACAGCAAAUGGAUUCUGAUCAAUGAAGAACCGGACGUAAAUAUCUCAAAGACUACUUUUCUGUGAUAUUUAUGUACCAUGAAGGGACAAAGAAAAUCUACUUCUGACGGGAAGAAGGAACACUACAGUUGAUAAAAAAAAUUAUUUUGUUACUUUGAAGUAUGUCCUUUUGUGGGGAACAAAUGUACACAGUUUUCUGUGAACUAUGAAACUGUAUGUGGUUGUGAUUUGCUGUUGCCUCUUCGUGAAGUUCUUUUCUACCCCCAAGAACAACAGGGCCUGUAGCCUUGUGCUUCUUGCUAAGAGGAAGGGAAAGGAAAUGAGGGCAUUAAAUGUUUUCAAAUGUAAAAUGGUUUAGAAAAGAAAGGCAAUGUGUUCUCUGCACCUAAGCAUCUGUGUGACCUCAAGAGAAAUGGGAUUGGGUAGGGAGGACAAAGUCCAGGGUCUCAGAUUGGUGGGAUCAACCCAAAAGAUGCUGGGAAGUUUGACUUGAAUUGGGAGAUAGUGAGUGGAGAGUAGGAACUUUGACGAUCCAGAGUGGCCUAGAACCACAGCAUGAUCACAGGACUGGGAACGUUUCAAUACGGCAGGAGGAGAGUUUACCCUCAGUCAUGGACAAUUUUCAUGUAGACCCUUCAUCCUUGAAUGGUUGGUUAAAAAAGUCAGUUACCACAUGCAGUCACUUCUAGCUAUUGAAGAGUUCAGUCCAAAUAUUGAAAAUUAAGUGGGACAGGAAAAUAGUGGCCUGGAAAUGAUCGAUGAGCAUGCUCUUGUAUGUCUGUAGUUCAAGGUUUCUCCAUGGGUAGAGUUGACAUUUGGGGUUGGGUCAUUCUUUGUGGUGAGGGUUAUACUGGGCAUUGUGAAAUGUAUGGCGAUAUCCAUGACCUCCAUCAGCAUUUUGUAACUGUGACAAUCUGAAGUGUUUCUAGAUAUUGUCAAAUGUCUCUAGGAGGACAAUAGCACCCUUGAGCGAGGACCACCAAUUGAAAUGGACAGUAUAAAGGCAGCCGUUCAGUCUCAGAAUAGAGAGAUCCAUAGACACUUCUAGUCUCUAGAGUAAAGCAAAAGCAAGACCUUGAAGUCAAUAUAUUUUUAUUUUUUAAAAUAGUAGGGACAGCAGGAUGAGAAUAAAUGGAGGAGAUUCUUUUCAGAGCUUCACAUGAAAACCAAAGUCAAAUAAAUGCAGUGAUGUAUGGGAAGUGCAAGAGAAGUUGUUUGUACAGAGAAUGCAGAUAUUGUAGAAGACAGUGCCUAAGGCAGAGUCUAUGGAUGUCUGGAUGUGUCUGUGUGAUCUCCCCCCCCCUCUCUCUCUGUGUGUGUGUGUGUGUGUGUGUGGUGUGUGAAGUUACUAGGGGCCUCUGUCAGUUUUCUCUCUGCUUUUUCUUCUCUGGAUUUCCCUGGCUGUGGUCUAGGAUGGCCAGACCACAUGUCCUGGGUUCAUUUAUUCCUGGGUUCUCUUAUUCCUGUAACUGGAUUUGACCCUUCCUACACCUACUUCAUUAUAGAGCUAUUGCUGUCAGAGAGUAGGUGAAUCUGGAGAGGACCAGUGGGAACAGUUCUACAGAUAAACAGAUUAUGCUGUUGGCUGAGAGUGGCAGUUUCUUGGCACCCAGUUACCAUUUAAAUAGACGGGAGUAUUAAGUUCUCUGCAUAUCUAUUGUCUUGGCUUGAAUUUGCGGUGUUUUCUAUGUGCUAUUCAUGACUUUGAGAAUUCCAGGUAAUCAAGCUAUGCCAAUUUGGGGUGUAGUGGUGUGCUUCCCACCACAGUUUGAAAAAAAAAAACACGAAAGUCCUACAGAAAAGCACCUCUUUCUUUAGGGGAUAGUUACCUAGUUAUUAAGUUCAUCUGAGAUUAAUUGGCCACAGGAUCACUAUAGUUUCUUGAAUAGUCCUAAGUGUUGUAUUAGUGGUUUCCAUGGGAACUGAAAUCAAGUAAUGGGCCAUUAAUACUUCACAAGACUCAGAUCAUCUGAGGCUCCUAUAUGACUUGAUGAAAUUAAGCAAGGUCCUGGAUCCCAGAAAUAGGUCCACAGGUUCUUCAGUAUGCUGAGCAGGAGAGACAAUGCCCAUGAGUUUCAUUCACUGAGCCUUCCUUCAAAUUCCCAGCUGAUUAGACUGUAAGCUCACCAAGGGCAGGGAGCAUGUCUGAUCACCUUUGUUAUCUUCAUACCUGGGAUGCAACAGGAGAACUUCUCAUGAAUGGAUGAUGACUGUCUUCUGGGAGACUCCUCUGGCUGGGAACCCAUCAGUCAUAUUCAUAACUGGGAUGUGAAUCACUUCUUCAGAACAGAGCAUAAUAACUAAACCUUCCAGGAUGAGAACAUUUUACUGUGACAAUCUCCUUUGCCUCCCACCUAUGCUGAAAAGAAAUUCAAACAGCCUGCUUGGUUCCACAUGUCAGUGUCUGCUGGAUGAGAAUUCUGUUGCUUUUUAGAACUGUGAGACUUAACCUGGUUACAAGAUGCCAGUAAUGAACCCUUGAUCUAUUUAAUCAACGAAGAUUAUAAAUGUGUUUAUAUGAUGUCAAUUGCUAUUUAAGCAGGGACCCAUUUUCAGUUUUAGUAUUUAGGGGUUGGUUUUUAUUUUUUGUUAUUUUUUUCUUCCUUUUUGAAAAAUGCUGAGGGAUGUUUUGAUAAGGUUAGUCAUAUAUGUUAGGUUUUCAUUUUGCAAGUAUGUCUUUUUUAAUGUAUAAAAAUAUAAGAAAAGGGAGAACAGUAAGAAGGGGAAGCAAUUACAUUACUUUUCAGUACUUUAUUAAAGCACCUACUGGGUGCCUUGUGCAUAGUGGAACACCAUAUAUGUGAGGAGUAUAUGUGAGAGAAUAGACUAUAAAAGUCACACGAUCUGGACCUGCAGAGGAAUACUGACUAAGAGAAGGAAACACCAGCAUGGCAAACUUAGUGUUAACAGGUGAGUUACCCUCAGCUGGGGGACUCAGGACUCAGUUUCUGGAAUAAGGGAGACCAUUAAGAAAACCAAACUUCUUGGAACUGUAUCUCACAAACUUUUGAAACAUGUAGACUUCAGAGUUCAGCUGAAUUUGGAUUAAUCAUUCUGUAGCUAUCUGUAUAAAUCUCACUCUUCCUGCCAUCUGGCUUCUGGGUUGAUAAUUGGUGGGCGACAACCCUUCUGCCACUGUUUUAUUUUUAUUUUUUAAAUCAUGACUCUUUCCCCUUAAGCUGUUAAAUUCAAACAAUUUCUGUUUAAUGAAAGAAUUCUGUUUUGUUUGUUUGAUGGGUCCCAGAAAACACUAAUAAAAAGCACAGAGGCCAUGCUGGAGAUGUGUUUCCUUCCUUGGGAUAAUCUACCCUACAGACUAAAUGUAGUAACAGAAGAUGGACAGUUUUGGUAUCUGCUUA